GCAAAAUGGGCCUCGGCCAUCCCCUCCCGCCGCAACCCCUCGCGCUCCCUCCCGCAGGCCAUCGCCCACCGCGGCUUCAAGGCCCUGCUGCCCGAGAACAGCAUGGCCGCGUUCCGCAAGGCGGUCGACGUCGGUGCGCAUGCCCUCGAGACGGAUGAUCCCUCCCUCAAGAGAUGCUUUGGCGUCGAUCUGCUGAUCAAGGACUGCACCUGGUCCUACCUCUCCAGUCUGCGGACGCUGCAAGAGCCGCAUGAGGCGCUGCCUCGACUCGUCGAUCUGCUAGAGUAUCUCGUCUCCGGCCCAGAAACGGAAAACAUCUGGAUCCUGCUAGACAUCAAGAUCGAUGACAAUGCCAAUGACCUGCUGAGGGCCAUCUCCUGUGCUCUGACAGAAGUCUCGUCUGCGACUCCCUGGGACGAACGCAUCAUCCUUGGAUGCUGGAACAAAAAAAAAACACAGGCAACAUUCAUCAAAGCCGCCCUCCACCACCUCCCCUCCUACCCCCUCGCCCACAUCUCCACCUCCCUCUCCUACUCAAACCACUUCCUCCCCAUCCCCAACCUCGCCUUCAACAUGCUCCAGCUCAUCCUCGUCGGGCCCCUCGGCACAUGGUUCCUCAAGAAAGCCAAAGCCGCCGACCGCCCCGUCUUUGCAUGGACCGUCAACCAGCCCAAAUGGAUGGAGUGGUGCGUCCGCAAAAACAUUCCCAGCUCCUGCUCCUCCUCCUCCUCACCUCCUCACCCCUUAUCAUCAUCGUCGUCAUCAUCGACGUCCUCCCUCCCAGACGACAAAGGCAAACUCGCCGCUCUUCAAUCUUCUUCUUCUUCUUCUUCACCAUCUUCAUCACCCGCCCUCAUCGACGGCGUCAUCACAGACAACCCCCAACUCUUCCUCCAAGUCUGCUCCCGCAUCGAAGACGACCUCGAC